AGCAUCUUUCCGCAUCUCCCGCAGUCCUGAAUUCGCUGUUGACGUUAUCCUUCGACCGACUACGGAAACGGGCGCGCUUUUACACGCGAUCAGCGGCCUACCAAUUUUUUUUUCCCACGGACUUGUGCGCCCUCGGCAUUUUCAUUGCAUUGUUCGGGUGCGUUGUUUUUUUUCCUACUAGUGUUUUGGAAAAAGUUAUGAUAUGAAUUUAAACAGGCCAAAGGAAAUCAGCUUCGUUGUCUGUAUUUUCAUAGGAAUAUUGUUCGAUCCUGCGAUUGCCGCACUGAAGAUAUCAAUCGAAAGUGAGGUCAAAUCAGUAAACGAAACAUUCAUUGUCGUUUGUAAAGAUGAUACUGGAAGAAAUGUGAAAUGGACCAGUCCAAAAGGCAACGUGCUCGGACUUAAGACUCAUCCAACAGUUUCUACGGCAAUUUACGGGUCCGUCUUAAAGUUCAAUAUGACAAAAGUUGAGGAUACGGGAAUCUAUACCUGCUCGACGGAUAAAGAGAAGAAACAUUUUCAUCUGACAGUAGAAGAACUUGUCUUUAAGGACACGAAGGAUAUUCAGCAGACAAUGGAGGGAGACGAGUAUCUGAUUCGGUGCGAAGUUACACGUGGUGGUCAAAUUAGGUGGACGUGGCCAUCUGGCGAGGAAGUGACAGGUCCUAGAUACACGGUGAUUGGAGAUGGAUUGGUAAUUAAAAACGUCUCAAGACACGAUAGCAAGACGUAUAUUUGUAGUGCAAUCCAAACCAGCACCGGAAGAAUUUAUGAGAAGCGAAUUAAACUCGUUGUAAAUCAUAAACCCGUUUUCCUACAUUACGCGGAACAAGAGACAGUCUUCGGAUACGUCGGUGGAACGACGAAAUUAACAUGCGAAGUUUCAGCCGAACCUGCACCUACAUUUAUAUGGACUGACCCCAGGAGAAAACGAAUUCAAGCAACUGUAGUCUCGAGCCAUUUGACAGUCCUCCAGAUUAAAGUCACAGAACACUCUUUUGGGGAUUAUAACUGCACAGUGACCAAUAAGUUGGGUAAAUUGGAAAAAAUUUUCACUUUAGAGGAGGGUUCUAAACCUGAUCCGCCAAACUCACUUCAGUUGUUAGAAGCGCACUCCGAUACUCUUGAUCUCGAGAUUUUACUGCCAGAACUGCCAGAGGAUAGAGAGGAAAUUAUGGAUCCUAAAUGGUUUGUUGUCGAAUACAAAGAUCUCACAAAGGAGGAUUGGUAUAUGCAGGAAUUCAAUAAAACAGAAGAUAACACUUAUCCAUUGAUUGGACUGAUACCCGAUACUGAUUAUGAAGUGAAGGCGGCUUCAAAAAAUUUGGCUGGAUUAAGCGAAUUCACCAAUUCAUCAAUAUUUAAGACGGACUCUUCUGCCGCCUCAGUUAUAUACAAUCCUUUUGUCCCAUUAUAUUUAUUUGUCUAUUAUUUUUGUAUACUAGCUAGCAAUUGAUGAAACUGUUAAUAAUCAAUAGCCAUUUCUUUAACACAUACCUAAUGUCAAAUUUAAAUAGUCACCUUUUGAUGUUCAUCUACCGUAUUUGAAGUAAAAUAACAAAAAUUUCUGUUAAAUUAUUUUAUUCAUUUUUAUGAUAUAAAAAGGAUUAUUUAGAAUUUUGUCUGAUAGGGUCAGUGACAAUUUUGUUUUUUUUUCAAAA